AUGAUUGAAUUAAAAAGUUUGGUGAUAAAUGAACAUUGCAUUAAUUUUAAGAAAGAGGCCAUCUUUAAAGCGAUAAAAAGUCACAAGAAUUCUUUAACCUUUCUUGGAUUUCAAAUCGUGAAUGAUUAUUCCCUUUUAAUUCAAAUCUUAAUAAAUUGUACAAAGUUGGAAACGUUGGAAAUUACUCAAGAGAGGUCUUCAUUUUUCACCAAUCGAAAUCCUUCCCAACAAUUUUAUCUUAACAAUCAUUCAAUUUCCGUGAAACAUUUUUAUCAUAAAAACAUCGUUGGGAAUGAAAAUUUCUUUAAAACUUUUCUUAAAAUGACUUCACGUAACCUACAGACUUUCUCCUCAAGAUAUAUCACGAGAGAAAUCUUAGAUAUCAUGUGGGAGCAUUGUCCAAAUAUAUCUUAUUUAAACGUUUCAACGUAUUCAUUUUAUAUUUCGAGCUUUUUUCAACUAAUUGAUUCAUUAAAAUUUCUUGAACAUUUUACCUUGGAGAUACAGGAUGGUUAUCCCAAUUUUCACGAAUAUGACUUGCAACAAUUGGCAAGUAAAUUACCACAUUCUUUAAAUUACUUGGGAAUCAAUUUUUUUUUAACCCCAAAUCAAUUAAAUUUCUUUUUAAACGAAUGUAAGGCUCAAAUACAAACCUUAGAAUUAAAUUAUUUUCAUUUACACGAUAUUGAUUAUGUGCAUACCGUUUUAAAAUAUUCUCAAGAAGUAAAAUGUUUAAAAUUAGUUAAAUAUAAAAAAGGCAUUUAUGGGAUGGGUUACUGUAGAUUUAAUCCUGAAUUAUAUUGUAGAAGAAAUAAUAGAAAUGAGAAUCACAUUUGUAAAAAUAAGGGAUUUAAAUAUUUUAAAAAGAAACUUGAUUGUAAUGAUAAAGGAACAAUUAAAAUUGGUGAUUUAUCACUUUGUGAAGUCAAACCAUACAGUUAUAGUUUUUAUGGUUAUCCUGACCUGAUUUAG